CUAUAAAUUCAUAAUUGAUCUAAUACAUUUUACGUAGCAUAUAUCACUCUCAGUUUGAAUUUUGCAUAUUAUACUCUGCUUAUAAUGGCUAAUGUACUUGCAAUUUCUACCCCAUUCAUAAGUUGCAACUUGAAUAGGCUAACUCCGCGCAAACAUAAUAAUGUGAUGGCCUGCAAGUCUGUCAUUAAGUCCGUCAGUGGAACAACUAGAGUUUCUGUUCCACCGGAGCCUGUUGUAAGGCGAUCAGCAAAUUACAAACCUUGUUUGUACGACGACAAAUUUUUGCAGUCAAUGAAAAAUGACUACACGGGUGAAUCAUACAAAGCACGAGCUUCUGAGUUGAAGGAAGAGGUGCGGGCGAUAUUUAAUAGUCUGGUCGAGCCACUAGAGCAACUUGAGCUGAUUGAUCACUUGCAAAGACUGGGAUUAGCUUAUCAUUUUGAAGAAGAGAUAAAUCGUUCCUUGAAGACGAUACAUUGUCAGACUAAUGAGGGAAAUCAAGAAAAUGGCUUGCAUGAAACUGCUCUUAAAUUUAGACUUCUUAGACAACAUGGACUUUAUACAUCUCCAGAGGGUUUCAAGAGAUUUACUGAAAAUGAUAGCUUCAGUAAAGAGAUUACUGCAGAUAUAAAGGGACUCUUAAGUUUAUACGAAGCAACGUACUUCUCUAUUGAGGGAGAGUCCCUAAUGGAGGAUGCCUUUCAUUUUACGAAUAAAUCACUCAGACAAUGUCUCAAAAAUAUUUCUGAUUUGGACCUCCAGAUGCAAGUUACAAAUGCUUUGGAGCUUCCAUUACAAUGGAGGAUCCCAAGAUUUGAUGCAAGGUGGUAUAUAGAUUUGUAUCAGAGAAGUCCUGAAAUGAUUCCUGCAGUACUAGAAUUCUCAAAGUUGGACUUUAACUUCAUGCAAGAAUUUAACCAAAAAGAACUUAAGGAUUUGUCGAGGUGGUGGAGUAAGUUAGGCAUGGGAGAAAAACUUCCCUUUGCGAGAGAUAGGCUGGUGGCAUCUUUUUUCUGGAGUUUGGGGAUUUGUGGCGAUCGUAAAGAUGCAUAUUGCCUAGAACAAUGCACUAAGAUUAUAGAGCUUAUUGGUGUAUAUGACGAUGUUUAUGAUGUAUAUGGGACGCUGGAUGAGCUUGAACUCUUUACCGAUGUUGUGGAGAGGUGGGAUUUAAAGGCGGCAAUGAAAGAGCUUCCGGACUACAUGAAGCUAUGCUUUUUGUCUUUGUACAACUUUGUUAAUGAAACGUCUUACGACAUCCUCCUGGAGCAGAACAUAGAUGUUUUACAGCAUCAAAGAAAAUGGUGGAUGGAUUUGUUACUGAAGCGUUAUAUAGUGGAGGCGCGGUGGUAUCAUGGUGGAUACCAGCCGACUCUAGAAGAACACUUGAGAAACGGAUUUGUGUCAUCAGCAGGCCCCAUUGUAGGACUUUACUCCUACAUGACUAGUGCUAAUCCGAUCCAGGAAGAUGUCAUGGAGUUUGUAGUGGAACUUCCGGAUAUUGUACGCUUGGCAUAUGAAAUUUUUCGACUAUCUGAUGACUAUGGAACUGGAUCGGCAGAGUCGAAGAGAGGAGAUGUUCCAUCAACACUACAUUGCUACAUGUCUGAAACUGGUGUAACGGAAGAAGUUGCCCGUAAGCACAUGAUGGAUUUGAUGAGGAAGAAAUGGGCACAAGUAAACAAAUGUCGAUUUUCGGGAGAUAUUAGUCCUUUAUCUUGGCAUGUUGUUGAUCUCCUGCUGAAUCUUGUGAGGGUGUCUCAUUGGUUGUAUAAUGCUGGAGACGAUGGCUUUGGUGCAGAAGAUGUUGUAGCCGAAUCCACAUUGUUUUCCCUUGUUGUGAAUCCUAUACCUCUUUAAGAAAUCAUUUGAUGAUGGUAUGAUCUUUGUAUGUGAAGUUGUAAGGACUGAAGGGCGUGUGUUUUUCCGAGUGCAGUGUUUGUACUGUGUGUUUCUUGUGGCAUGUGCUACCUAUUUACUCUCAUAUUAAAAUUCUACGCGUGUUCUUUUCUUGGCCAAAAAAAUGAACUUUUCAAAAUA